AUGGAUGAAGUUAGGGCUACCUCUGCUUGGGUCGCUAGCCGCUCCUCCCAUGUCACCGUCGACUCUUCAGGAAUUGAGAAAGUAGUGAGCACGAUUGAGUCUAUUCCCAAAGUUGAAUGGGAUUUUGAAGGGAUUCAUUAUUUUGAUAAUGGACCUCUCACUGUUCAGUACUUGUUUGUCUUGGAUGCUUUGAAUUUUUGCUUCUGGCCUGAUAAGGAUUUGAAUUAUGAUGAUUUGGCAUCUGGGCUAAAAGCAGCUCUUCAAAAUGAUAAGUCUGCAUUUGAUGCUGAUCGCCUGCAAAAGUAUACUGGUCCACAACUACAGAAACUUCUGAAUUGGCCUAGACCUCUUCCUUUGGAAGAUGAACGUGUUAGAUUACUUCACGAGGUUGGGAUUGAGCUGGAAAGAAAUUUUGACGGAAAAGCUUCUAAUCUUGUUGAGCAGUGUGGAAAAUCAGCUGUGAAUCUUGUUGCCCUUGUUGCACGUCAUUUUCCUGGCUUUAGAGACCACUCAGUAUACAAAGGUCGUCAAGUAUUUUUAUAUAAAAGAGCUCAGAUAUUUGUAGCAGAUUUAUGGGGUGCAUUUAGUGGCCAAGGAUAUGGUGAGUUUAAAGACAUCAGCUCUCUGACUAUAAUGGCGGACUAUAUUGUCCCAGCCGUGCUUCAGCAGCUUGGCAUUUUAAAAUUCAGUCCAAAACUUGCCAGUACUAUUGAAGCCAGUGGUGAAAUAUGUCCGGGGACUGAGGAGGAAGUUGAACUACGAGCCUGCUCUAUACAUGCUGUGGAGAAAAUGAGGGAGCUGAUAAGUGUAAAAUCAGGAAAACAGGUGCUCAGUGUAGAGCUGGAUCUUUGGCUCUGGGCUUCUGGAGUUCAGAGUGAAUCUCUGAAGCACCACAGAACACUUUCAAUAUAUUAUUGA